AUUGAAUUUUAACGGAAUAUGUUCUGACACACUUCAAUCAUGUAUUUGCGAAAAUUCCGAGCACCUGGCGUAGUAGUAUUCCUUGUCGAAGCUUCCAUGCUCCUGGUAACCUACCCAUGGCGUCAUUUGCUGCCUGUCGUAACUCGUAAGCGUGUAAAGAUCGACAUCCGAUCUCUCCACCUCUCCACGUUGUUUACGAUUUACCAUCUAACAAUUGCGCGAAGUGCUCACAAGAUACCAUAUUUCCAUUAACCAGAAGCUAUUUCCAUUUCCUUCUUUUCGUUGUUCAUACCUUGAGUCCAAUCGCUUUGUUUCUUCCAUCCGAGCAGGGACCCUAUCUCCGCAGCCCCAUCACGAUGACUACACUCUUUGACUCAUUAAAUGCCCAGUCGAACGCGAUUGCGGUCAUUGUGCCUGGCAAUCCAGCUUUGUCCGUCUCUUACGAGCAAUUAUGUGCUGAAAUCAUAUCCUUCCAACGGAAAUUGGCUGCCCUUGGAAUUGCUCCGUCCAGCGCUGUGUCUAUCGCCCUUCCGAAUUCCUAUGCAUUCAUCGUUGCGUUCCUUGCAGCGUCAUGGCAGCGAGCAAUUGCCGCACCGCUCAAUCCUGCCUACACGCAGUCUGAGUUUGAGUUCUACAUUGACGAUCUGAGCUCUGCGGUGGCGUUGGUCCCACAAGGUGCAUACGGAGAAGAUGCUGCGGCGGUAAGGGCUGCUCGGAAGUACAAGGCCGCAAUUGCUGAGUGCUACUGGAACGGAAGCGAGGUAGUACUGGAUGUUAAAGAGCCCGGAAAGCUGCAAGGGAAAGGGGGUGUUCAAUUGGAAAAGGCUCGAAGGGAAGAUGUCGCCUUGGUGCUGCAUACGAGCGGUACUACGGGACGUCCAAAAGCAGUGCCUUUGACGCAUCGGAAUCUAACCCGAACAAUGAAGAACAUCCAAAACACAUAUCAACUUUCUCCGGCUGACCGGACCCUCCUUGUCAUGCCCUUAUUCCAUGUUCACGGCUUGCUAGCCGCAUUUCUCGCGCCGCUUGCCUCAGGAGGCUCGGUCGUCGUGCCGUCGAAAUUCUCUGCUUCCGAGUUUUGGCAUGACUUCAACACGUACAAAGCGAACUGGUAUACCGCGGUCCCGACAAUCCAUCAAAUCCUGCUCAAAAGUCCUCUUCCGAGCCCGAAGCCCAACAUCCGCUUCAUUCGAUCGUGUUCAUCUCCUCUGUCUCCGAAGGUCUUCCACGAGCUCGAAAAGACGUUCGACGCGCCGGUCCUUGAAGCAUAUGCCAUGACGGAAGCCGCUCACCAAAUGACCUCCAACCCGCUACCACCGGGCAAACGCAUCCCCGGUUCCGUGGGAAUCGGCCAAGGCGUCGAGGUUGCAAUCCUCGACGAGAGUGGCAAUGAGCUUGCGCGUGAAAAAGAGGGCGAGAUCAGCAUUCGUGGAGAGAACGUGACUCCCGGAUACAUCAACAACGACGCCGCCAAUAAAUCCUCCUUUACCUCGCAGGGUUACUUCCGAACUGGCGACCAAGGGAAGAUGGAUAAAGACGGCUAUGUUUUUAUCACCGGGAGGAUCAAGGAGCUGAUCAACAAGGGAGGCGAGAAGAUCUCCCCGAUCGAGUUGGACAACGUCAUUGCGCAGCACCCUGCCGUUGCAGAGGCAGUCAGCUUCGCGAUUGAUGAUGAGAUGUAUGGGCAAGAUGUUGGCGUUUCUGUGGUGCUGAAGGACGGGCAUCAGCUCGGUGGGGAUGAGUUGAAGAUUUGGAUGAAGGAUCGCGUCGCCAAGUUCAAGCUUCCAAAGAAGGUCUUCUUUACUGAUAUCAUGCCAAAAACUGCCACUGGCAAGGUUCAGCGGCGGAUGGUGGCUCAGGCGAUGCUGAAGACGGAGAGUCCGAAAUCUAAGUUGUAAAGAGAUCCAAGAAGUUAUCUUAGCAGCAGAACUAUCUUGUCUUUGUACGUCCAGGAUACCGGUAAUUGCCUUUGUUCUACCACUGUAUCAGCAUCAAAACUAAUAAGAAACUUCCAUUAUUAUUGGCUUCAAUAGUGCCACUGGGCCCCCGAAUAUAGUAUACAUCUUGUGUAAUAGUUAUGGUUUAGUCUGUAAGGUCUAUAAAUACUGAUUCC